ACUGGUUUGCACCUGCUCUCGACUUUCAAAUGAACGAUCUAAACUUACGUGUGGCAGCAAUGAAGCUGUGUGCACAUCCCAAACGUUUUGCCAAGUUGCGGGAUGCGCCAGUUAAAUUACCGCCGAAAUGGUGCGAAUCGCAAGCUGAUUUUGUGAAAAAACUAGCGGUCAGUUCUAGCGCCGAGCAGGUUGCCAUCGUCAAGGAGCUCUUUAAGGUGCCCAAAGCAAUGGACUUCCUGGCUGAUGUGCUGUUCGCCUGUCCACUCAAGCAUGCCGUACGGAAUCAAUUGGUCAGGCUCUUUUCAUACAACUCAACUGUCCAUAAAAGGGACAGAUUAGAAGCUGCUCUGGUGCAAUCCCUACAAGACAUUGCCGUUGCCAUAGAGGUUAAUAGUUAUGAUGUUGACGGAAUGAACGAUUUGUUUGUUUCGGUCAGUGGCUGUCUGCAGAAUUUCCCUUGUGGACGCAAAGCCUUAAGUGAGCAAAUCGAUUCAUUUGUUCCAUUAAUACCCAUGGCGUUGCAAAGAUACUGGACAGGCAUUAGUCAGCCAGCCGUGGAUCAAUCGCCUACCAGGCGCAACGAGUACUAUUUAUUUAUACAGAACCUCUUGCGUUUCUAUGUAAACUUUCUGGUUGAAUUCAGAGCAGAACUUGUGCCGGCGCGCUGCUCGCAACUGCAGCAAGUUUCAGUACUGGCCGAAAUUGUAUCCAGGCACAUUGAUACUCCUUGGGAUGUGCGAUCAAUUGCUGGCAUGGCAAUUGGACACAAUGCGCGCUUCUUCGAUGAGUUCGACAAGUACAUGGUUAGUUGUCAGGCGAUGAAGGACGCGGAGGAGCUGCCCAUAAAGGGAGCGUGUUUGCUGGUGCUUCAAAAGCAAGAAUACGACACUUACUCUUCAACUGCCUUGAAAAUACUGCAGCAGUUAAUUGAAAUGACUUCUGGCAAUAAUGCCACCAAUCAACUGGUUUAUAUGUCAAAGCAUCUGUUUGUUUACUCGAAGGCUUUGAGAAAUGUUAACCUCACAGAUCGCAGCCUUUCCGCAUAUCACUCUAUUCUUUGUGAACUGCUUGGCUUUGCAUUGACCAACCUCUCGAGUAGCACAGAUUCGGUGCGCCACAUGAGCCGGGACCUUUUGCGUAAUGUUCUGCAGCAUGCCAGCACUGUUGGCCAGAACGCUAUCUUCAACACAGUCUUCGACCAUUUUGAGAAACAGUGCUGCUCUCUUAGUUCCUCAUGCCUCAUGCUGGAACAGGUGGUAACCGUUGUUGGCGUCCAACAAGUUCUAGACAAUUGCCCAAGCCUUUUCGAGACGGUGUUCAAAUGCUAUCUGGGACGCGAUGAUAGUGUGGAUGCUUUGUAUAAAUGCAUGAUGAGCACGGCUCGUAGAGGCGAAUCCUUUCAGCAUUGGCAUAGCUUAUGGGGCAGGACCCUGCUGGAGGCUGCCAGUGCCCAGGACGAUCGCUUGCAGCUUAUCGAGCGUCUUAUUACCGAAGCUGUGCAACUCUGGCCGAACGAAUUGGAUGAGCUGCUAAGCGAGCCGAAGUUGGCUUUUAGCACCAAAUUGACGGCCAUGGCUACAGUGCGCCGAUCUGGUCGGCAGGAUCAGAAUUUUAGCAAUUUGCUGGUUAAAUAUCAACAGCAAAUUUAUGAUGCUAUCACUGGGCUGGACGAUCACACGCGUUUGCUGGCACUUCGAUUUGUCGUGGAGACACCCAAGCUCAGUGAACCACUCACUAGGCAGGAACGCGAGGCUUUACUCAACUAUGUACACUACAAUGCCAAUAAUCCGAGCGCUCAUAUGCGUCAAAUUGGCUACGGGCUGUUGCAGAAGGCACUCAAACGAAUUGAGUUGACGCUAGCGCAGGAAUUGCGGGCACAACCGAAUGGAAGCACUGAAUUACUGCAAUUCCUUACCUCCUUUAUGAACAAGUUGGCGUUGAAUCUUUUUCCCACAGCCAACUAUGGACGGCGGUGGCUGUCCUUGCGACUGCUUCGCGAUUGCAUUGAAAUUUGCAAGAAACUGUCGUUGUCGGUGGAACAGCAGCUGCCGACACAGACGUUGCCCUUUUUGGAAAAUUGCCUGGGCGAUUCGUACGAAGAAAACAAGACGUUGGCGGCGUUGCUGCUGCGCCAAUUGCAGCCUGCCGAGGCGGCUCAAAUGCGGCUUAAUGCCGGCAAUAUCAUGGAAUUGCUUGUGUCGCUCCGUCCGCCAGAUUCGGCUACUGGCGCCUAUCAAUUGGAAUACUACUGUCAGCGUGUAAGUGAAAAGCAAUUAGAGCUGGACUUGGCUCUCCCGCCGGAUAUGGGGGAGCCGAGCUACGAGCCGAAACGCUACCGAGCGCUUCAAUGGUGCCUGAUUGAACUGAAACUUGGCCUGCAAAUGGCAAAGUGUGAUUUGGCACAAGCGGCUAAAUAUAAUCCCCUUUAUGGACUACUUGGUGCGAGCAGGCACUUUCUACAGCAUCUGGACAUGCAGUGCCUGGCCGAGGAACCGCUGUGGGCUGCCUAUAUCAAGCGCCUAGUAGAGGUGUGCAUGGAUGUCAGCAAUGUAGUACUGCCAGUGGUGAGUAGCGCCUCCCCAGAGGGACAUCUGCCCAGUACCAGUGCCGACGAAAAGGCGAUAGUCACAGAUCGGGAGCAAACUGUCAAUGUGCUGCGGAAUCGUUUGAAUAGCAAGGCACUGCAGCAGCUACCUACCACUCCACAGAUGGUUUUGUUAUGCGCCUGGCGCAGCAUUAAGGAGGUUUCUCUCAUCCUCGGCGAGCUGGUAGAACGUGCUCAGUUGCAGAGUGAUGCACAGUCCCAAGGGACACAUCUGCUAAGUCACCAGCAGGCGGUAGCCAUUGGCGAACAUUUCAAGCUACUGUUGUGCGAAAUUAAACAUCGUGGUGCCUUCGAGCAGGCCUAUGUAGGCUUCACGCUGGUCUGCAAACGCUUUUGGCAAUGUGAUGAGCUCUCCCUCAAUGCUCUGCCCACAGCCUGGUUGCGCGAGGCUAUCGAAUUAGUGUGCAACAAUGGAGAGACAGCUGGGGAGCCUUCUAAGAUCUGUCCGACGCGACGUAGUGCUGGCGUACCAUACAUGCUGCAGGCUCUCAUCUGCACUGAACUAAAGCUGGGCACGCAUGGCACCUUCCAGAAUACUGUUCGUGUGCUGCUGGACGUGUGUGAGCGGCGGAGGGAGGGAGAGAGUGCAGCACGCACCCAUGCCUUGAACAUUCUACGUGCUCUCUUUCGCUGCAGCGAGUUGGCCGAGCUGGUCGGCGAGUAUGUUCCACGAGCCAUUGUCUGUGCCUUAGAGAGCUUUGUGGCGCUCAAUUGGCCGGAACAGAACUCGGCCACGUUGCUCUUUGCGGCGCUGCUGGUGCGCAUAUUUGGCGUGGAACGGGCCCGCGCAGGCGAUGGCGAAUUACAUGUGCGGAAUCGGAUGACGGGACGCAUUUUCUUCACACGCUAUCCGGAGCUCUUCGACUACUUUCAUGAUCGUUUACGGGACGCAGGUGAAACGAUUGCCGAUCAAGGGCAGCCUAAGGGCCAGUCGCUGCAGCUGGAGACCAUGCUGCUAAUGCUCAGUCGCUUGUAUCCAUCAGCGUUGGAAGGCACAGAGUCCAGUUUAAAUCUUAUUGAUUUCGUACCAUUUCUGUUGCAAAUUUGUCGUUCCCACGAUUCCAUGACGCGUGAGCGUGCAGCGCAAGUGCUGGGGAACUUUGUGGAUACGAAAAAUGCUCUCGCUUUAGUGCGAAAAAUAGUCAAGAAUCUUUGUAUACUGCAUGCGCUGAUCAAUCACAAUCCAACGAUGCGCUUAGAUUUGAAUGAUCUUCAUGGCCAGCUUUUGCAAUUGCUUUACAUCUACAAGCGCCUGAACUGUUCUGAACCACUUCUGAUUCGAAUGCUCGUUCAUACGCUGGCACUCUUAGCUAUCGAUCUGCAGCGGAGAGACAUAUUUGUGUUCAAUGCCAUACUGGAUGUAUUAAUUGCCAUAAUGGAAGACGCUCAUAAUGAUGCCUACUUUGACAAGUCACUGCUAGAAGUGCUGCAGAAAGUUUAUUUCGUCGAUCAUGCCGAGGUCUACGAAAGUUGCGCAGCGUAUGCCAUCUCUCCAAGAUUCGUUCAAAUUUACGGUCUGCAUCUGCAUCGCCUAUCACACGAUUCAAACAAUAUGGUGCAGCACAUUUUACAGGAUCUGGUGACGAAAAGGGACCUUCCCACGGCUGUGCAACAAUUGAAAGUUCAAAUAAUUCUGUACCUGCUCUUUCAUUACAAGGGGGUGACCAAAGGUCUGAUCGACUCCUUGGAUAUUGAAGAAUAUCAGUUCGGUAGCGACGUGAAGCGCUACACUAAAGCACUUUCUGCAGACACAAUUGCCGAGGUGGCCAAGGCUCUUCAUAUGUCGGAGGCUGUGCGUUUAGACAUCAAGAGAAUGGCGGAUGAAGCAUUGUCCGGUCAUUGCUGGCAGCCGGAACUAUUCUGUCAAGUGCAUGCGUUACUGGCGGUUUUACACGAGUUUAAGCUUUCAAUGGACGACCUCAUGCAGCGCAGCGUUACGGCUAACAGCGAACUGAAGCCUGGUCUAAGCUUGUGCAUAAUGCGGGCAGUUCUACAGCAGGACUUGGAGCAGCGUAUGUGGUUGCCUGUGCUGCGCUUUGCGUUGGAUAUCUGCGCACCAACGCAGUCCUUUUAUUUGCGCUACAAAGCAGCUCAGCUCUGCGAGCUUCUAAUGAUGUCUGUGGAAGAACAAAUUAGUGUCGGUGAUGCGGACAUCUUGGGGCAUUAUAUGCAGCUAGUGAUAAGGUUACUGGUGGACGAACACAGCCAGGUGCGGAACUACAUUGCCGAAAAGGUUGCAGCCAGCAUAAGCAUAUCAAACCACAGCGAGCAGGCAAAUAUUCUGCCCACGGCUGCGUUACCAAAAUUUCUACAUAACAUGCUAAAAAAGCUGCAGAAAUUCCAACACAACAGAUUAUUUCUCUCGCGCAUCUUCAGUGUCAUAGUGGAGAGCUUCAGACUAACCCUUCAACAAGAACAAAAUGGCGACGUGGUACUGGAAACUGCCAAUGAGGACUUUGAGGUUUUCGAUCGUCACGAGACAAAUAUCUACUGUGAAGCUGUGCGUGUGGUCUCAGACGUGGUCGAAAGUUUUAAAGUCGUAUUCCCAAAUUGCACAGAGCUAAUGGAUUCAUUCGUAACUCUGGACGCACUGACCUCUUGUACAUCGAAUGUUGAAUCCAUCGGAGCAUAACAAUAGAUAUCGCGUUAUUGUGAUAAUAGUUAGUACAUAUGUAUAAGCAGAAAGUGUAAAAUAUUUAAGCCAAAGGAUUUUCUUCUUUACUGAACAAUGAAUUUGAAUCCUAAAUUAAA